AUGCCUGAAGAUCUUGGAAGAUACCUAAUCAAUUUUAUACUGGUUAGGAAUAGAUUUAAAAAUCAAGUCAAGUCAUGCAAAACUUACGACAUUAACAGUGACUGUAAUAUUUUAAUGAUGAAAUGUGACCUAAAAUUUAAAAAAAUAAAGAAACCAAGUAAGAAAUGCCACAAAUGGAACUUAGAAAAACUAAAAACACCAAAACUAGCAGAAAAGUAUCAAAAUAAAUAUGAUGAAAAAUUCAACUGCCAAAGGCACCUCAACCUUGAAAAUAAUGAAAUAUCGAUUAAAAGAGAUAAAGGAUUCCAAGAUAAGAUUUUAAGAUCAAAAAAGGAAAUAAAAAGUAGAAUAGAAUAA